AUGGAGAUUCCAACAGAAGCGACCAAUGGUGAUGGCGUGUCAAUUGAUAUUGACAAUCCAACUGCGAGUCUUUUGUUAACCUCUAUGAAAGGCAGGUUGGAAAAUCUAUCUCCUGUAUCUUCAGAACGCUGUAUUUACAGAGUUCCCAAAAGAAUCCGAGAUGUAAAUGAGUAUGCCUACACACCUCGACUAGUUUCAAUUGGUCCUUUUCACCAUGGCAAGGCUGACUUGAAAGCUAUGGAAGAGCAUAAAUGGAGGCAUUUGCAGAAUUUUCUGAAGCAGACGAAGGUCAACUUGGAUGAACUGGUAAAAUUCAUAACAGAUCGCGAGGAAAGGGCGCGGAACUGUUAUGCUGAGACCAUUGAGAUGACCAGCGAUGAAUUUGUGCAGAUAAUGAUCGUUGACGCUACCUUCAUCAUUGACAUAUUGUUGGGAAGAGCUUUUCCUGAGUUAACAUUCGCUAUUGAAUCAAUUUAUGAUAGAUCCAGCCUUAUGUUUGACAUAUAUCGCGACAUGUUGUUGAUUGAAAAUCAGCUUCCCUACUUUAUUCUUGGAGAUGUCUUGGACUUUGCCAAAACCAAAGCUCCUUCUAGUUCAAGCCGGUGGCCUUCCAUUCUUGACCUAACUUAUGCCUACUUCGGUUGCUAUGUGCAACUAGAAUAUGCUCCCCAAUCUACGAAAAGCUCGGAAGUAAAGCAUUUUGUUGACUUCCUCAGACUCUGGCAUCGACCCAUAAAACCAAGACAGCAACCAAAAGAGAGACAAAAAUUUGAAGUGACUAGAAGCUUAACUGAGCUGCGUGAAGCUGGAGUCAAAUUUAAGGUAGCAUCAACAAGACACUUACUGGACAUACAAUUCAUUGAUGGCGUACUGGAAAUACCCUUCAUAAGGGUGAGUGAGAUAACCGAUGCACUUUUCCGGAAUCUUAUUGCAUUAGAGCAGUGCCAUUGUGAAGUUUCAUACAUAAGUGACUACAUUGUGAUCAUGGAUAGCCUUAUAAACACUCCUCAGGAUGUGGAAUUACUGGUUAAGUACGGAAUUAUGAAGAUCAUGCUGGCUGACAAUGCAGAAGCUUCAAUGCUUUUCAACAACCUUGCCAAAGAAAUACUAUAUGAUUCCGAAGUGUUCUACUAUUCUCGCCUCUGCGAAGACCUUAAUGACUACUGCAAAGUCCGUUGGCAUAAGUGGAAGGCGACACUGAAACAUAAUUACUUCAAUACUCCAUGGGCGGCCAUUUCUGUCAUUGCAGCAGUUAUCCUUCUUGUGCUCACUUUCAUACAGGCUGUGUGUUCCAUUUUACAAGUCAAGUAAUGUAUCGUUCCACUUGCUUUCGUGUGUUCAUAUGAAUCAUAUGUUACCAUCAUUUAACUCUCAGCCAAUCUUUGAUCACCAUUUUCCCUC